UUCGGUGGCGCAUGGUGAAGAUGGGACGCGGUGUCUGCCAUGCGAGUGGGAGGGGAUAGGCAGGGGAGGACAGUGACUGCGGGGCGUACGCAGACUAGGACUUCUGUUCGAGGCGACCGGGCAAUGACUCCGUCGAUUGUUCUCAAUAACUCUCACUUCCACAUACGUUCGCCGCUCUCAGGGGCCAGAGCUGAAGUGGUUCAUGGAGACCCAAGUGCCACCCCUCAUCACGGAGAUGGUGGCCAUCAUCAACACCGGCCUGAGCUGUAGUCUUGGGUCGCAAGAGCCAACACCACCGUCCCAGCCUGUGAACCCCCCAGCGACGUUAGCGAUAACAGCGGCGAGCACUGACCUCGUGAAAGGGUUGCUCACGCUUGAUGGAGCCUUUAUUACGAAAGGCGACCUCACCCUGAAACUCCCACACCACAACCACGGCGACGCCGUCAGGGUCACUAUCAACAGCGCACGGCCCAUCCUCCUCAGGCAAAUCUCCUCAGCGCGCAACCAUCUCCUCGCCUCGCUCGACAUCAUCCUGCAGCUUGCAGAUGCCGGGCAUGGGAGGCGCGACAAACUGCUGCGUUCUCCACUGAGGCGUGUGAGGGAGAAUAUGAAGAGUGCAAAAGCGGAGCUGUGCCGUGUGGAUGAUGCCGACAUUUUUCCGGCCAAGAAGGGAGAUGCUAAGGCAUUCGCACCAGACCUCCCCGACGACCUUGUCAUAGACCUGCACGUGAUACAGUCCAACGUUGUCGUUUCGGUUCACGCGCUCCACUACCCUCAAUCGGCCAUCCCACUUCAGUUCCAGAGCAAAAUAUUGGGCAAGUUCAAGAGCGCGAAGCUUGCGACUUAUGAAGGCAAACAAGUCGAGAUCCUCGACACUGUCAUCGUGGAAGCCACCGCCCCUCGUCUUGCCACCCUCGUCAGCUCCAUUGACACCGUUGAAGCCCUGUGCAAUCAGCUGAUGCUCAAGCUCAACGUUGCUAGAAAGUCGGCUGUGGUGAGCACUUGAGCACCGCAACUCAUGGGAGUAUUUAAGCAAUUUGAAUUCAGGUUACAUGUGGUAGUGAUUUUCCUGUUAAUCGGAGUAAUCUAGACCCACCACUCACAAUGAUAACCACCGUGUGGA